GGGGCAGGGCUUCCGAGCGGAAUGUUAUAAACCUGCCGACAAGCGUGUCCCUGUUGUACUGUAAUUUUGUGGAGCUCUCGCACCUUUAGGUAGCCUACUAGUUGCGGAAUAUAGGCCGUUAAACCCACUAUCAACCAUGAUUAUCGAAAUUGAAGAUCUGGAUACCUUCUUGGCCACCCUUAAACAGGCUGGUGACAAGCUUGUGGUGGUGGACUUCACGGCUACGUGGUGUGGCCCCUGCAAGAACAUUGCUCCUCGUUUCAAGGAACUAUCAGACAAACCUGACAACAAGAAUGUGGUUUUCCUAAAGGUGGAUGUGGAUGAGGCAGAGGAAGUGGCUAAGCACUGUGACAUCAAAUGCAUGCCCACAUUCCACUUCUACAGGAAUGCACAGAAGGUGGAUGAAUUUGCUGGUGCUAACUAUCCCAAGCUGGAGGAGAAGGUUUAUGCUCUGAAGGCACAGAGCUAAUACAGACCUGUCUACACGCACACACGCACACACAGGCUUUACAUUCUACUGUUACCAUGGUGACCCCACCACCACACUGGUAAACCAUUAUGUACAAUAAAUACAUUUCCUUUCGAAACUGCAAUAAUCCAUCAUUUGGUCGUUGUAGGUCAAAGCAUUCCAUUUAAUUAUUGACCACAAUUAAAUAAUUUCCAUCUCGAAAGGUUCCAUAUAAUCAUUUUUUAAAUAUUAUCGCAAAGUAUGCUGUUGAAUUUUGAUAUUUGUUUUUGAAUGGGUGGUUCAAAUAAAAGAUGACUAAGCUUU